UAUACGUUGUGUUGUACAUACAUAUACCUAUAUACACGCGAGAUCCAGGGAAACGAGAUCAAGAUGCCGCUCUUUGGGAAGAAGGAUACGAAUAAAAAGAUCAAGAAGGAUGGGAAGGACGACCGAUCGCCCUCCGUCGAGGACAAGUACAUCCUAAAGGACCUGCUGGGAACGGGAGCAUUCUCUGAAGUGAGACUGGCGGAAAGCAAAGAGAAGCCGGGUCAAAUGUUUGCCGUAAAGAUCAUUGACAAAAAGGCGCUAAAGGGCAAGGAAGAUUCGUUAGAGAAUGAAAUCAAAGUUCUGCGAAGGUUCAGUGAAAGUGCGACACCACAGAGUGGUGGCGGAUCGCUCAAGUCGGAUAGUAGUGGCGAAAAGAGAUGGCUAACCCACCCUAAUAUCGUUCAAUUGCUGGAGACGUUCGAAGACAAGCACAAAGUCUACUUAGUUAUGGAGUUGGUCACUGGUGGUGAACUAUUCGAUAGGAUUGUCGAAAAGGGUUCAUAUACAGAAAAGGAUGCGUCUGGUUUAAUAAGACAAGUGCUCGAGGCAGUAGACUAUAUGCAUGAACAAGGUGUUGUUCACAGAGAUCUCAAACCGGAGAAUCUCUUAUAUUACAGUCCGGAUGAGGACAGCAAAAUUAUGAUCAGCGAUUUCGGCCUAUCGAAGAUGGAAGAUUCUGGGAUUAUGGCAACUGCUUGCGGUACGCCAGGAUAUGUUGCACCCGAGGUUCUAGCGCAGAAACCAUAUGGCAAAGCAGUGGAUGUAUGGAGUAUAGGAGUUAUUUCGUAUAUUCUUCUAUGUGGAUAUCCUCCUUUUUACGACGAGAAUGACGCCAAUCUGUUCGCACAAAUUCUGAGAGGUGAAUUUGAAUUUGAUUCGCCAUAUUGGGAUGAUAUCAGUGCUUCUGCAAAGGAUUUCAUUGGAAAGCUGAUGUGCGUCAAUGUUGAAGAACGUUACACUUGCAAGCAGGCUCUUGCGCAUCCCUGGAUUUCCGGCAACGCCGCUAGCAAUAAAAAUAUUCAUGGUACUGUAUCCGAACAACUUAAAAAGAACUUUGCCAAAUCAAGAUGGAAGCAAGCGUAUCAUGCAGCCACGGUUAUACGUCAGAUGCAACGGUUGGCGCUAAACAGUGGCCAGCAACAACAGCAACAGGAGAGUACAGGCUCGAUCGGCACCUCCAGCGACAACCCCAUGCAAUAUCGAGAGCAAUCGCAAGUUAGCUACAACCAACACACGGAGCCGUCGCCACCGCCCUCGAGCAAUCUUAACAAUUGAAGCAAACGCAAGUCGUUGCUCACCAUGUCAAGCCUGAUGUUUAUGAAUCUCACUUCUCAUUCCAUUCCAGUCACUCCCGCCGACUACUCGCCUCCGCUAUACAUGUGCAACAAACGCUUUAAAUUGUGGAACAACAUACGCACUGUCCGCUCUAUCCGCUCUCUUUUAAGACAACUUGUGUCGCAACUUAGGAAGCAACGGAAGCAUAAGAAGAGCUGAGUCUUAGGCACCAUUAGAAUCACGCGCGCAAUAAGAAUACAUGAAAGGCAACGUACUACGCGAUGUAGCUGUCCCUUUCAAGCUACGGGAGCGAUGGGAAUAGAUUAGAGCCAAUUUGCUUCGCGCUAGUGACGCGUACAUAUACACAUAUAUACAUGUACAUGCAAAAACACAAUUACUAUCGAAAAGCGUAAACUACAAUUCGUUUUGGCUGGUCCAUGCGAUACAAUACGAUUUAUAUCCUCUUCUAUAGCAGUACGGCAGUUACGUUCGCAGGCUUUAUUCUUAUGAUUUACGACGUUUCCUGUGUUACGCAUAAGCAAUAGCUCGUACCAAUUCGCUGAAUACGUUUCGCAUCGAUCUGACAGAAUAAAAGGCGGUUACAUCUCUAGAGAUAAGAUUUGAAGAUUGUAUGUCGCAAUCAUGCCUGCACACUUUGUUAGAUCGAAUCUGUUCUAUAUAUAUUAUAUAGAAGUAUAUAUACAUAUAAAUAUAUGCAUUACGCGAACAGUACAACGACAAGUUUUUAUAUUUUAUAAAAUUCGGUGUAAUAAGUAGCACGGCUGUUUGAUACAAUUCUGUGCAACCUAGAGACCUGUAUCAUUAGACCUGGGACGAAUAUGAUUCCAUAUUAUGGUUCCUAUGUAAUUCGAUCCUCGCACGCCGUAACAUACAUUUCGGUAUGAUAGAGAAUGUUUCCUAUCUACUUACACAAGUCGUAUGCAAAAACUUAAUACCAAAACGCAGACGAUGUCGAGAGGUCGCUUAGUGCACAGAGACGUAGCCUGAUCUGUUUCUUUGUCUCCCUCUCUCUUUCUCUCUAUCUCUUUUUUAUCUUCUUUCAUUAACGCGUGUUUCUAUAUUUUUUUGUGAUAACUGAGACAUGGCCCCGCUUAUGUAAAUGCUUACACAGACACUUGUACAAUGUACUAUUUUAUGUAAUACGUAUCCUGUAUGUAUACUCCUCUCUUUUAACAUAUACGUAGUGAUAUUACUAUAUUAAUAUAAAGCUCUGAACGGGAUCCGCUAAGCUAGC